UGUCUGGGCGCGGUCUCGUGUUGCAGGGCAGGGCAAGGUGCGCUUUUAUUACCUCUGACAGCAGCGACGCUCCUCAGCUGACUCCCUUCUGUAGAGUCUGCUCUGGAUGUUGUCGGGCCACCCGCACAGUUUCAGAAAAAAUGACUCUGGAUCCGCUCAAAUCGGUCAUUUCCAUCGGGAAUGUGGACGACACGUCGCUGGCGCUGCCGUCCGGUAACCAGUGCCGGUCCGCCCAGCAGCGCGUCCUGGAACAGGUGCAGAUUCUCCGGAGGACCAAGUCGAGACAGUCCAGCAGCAGGAGCGGAUCCGCGUCUUUAUCUCCAACAUCUCCUUCGUAUGAGCCCGUGUUCGCAGAAGUGUCAAAGUCACAGUCCAGCAUAUCUAAUGGAGGAGUCGUCUUUGGGAAUGGCUUGUCUAGAACUAUCAGCUUCGAGAAAAACAACCGAAACCUCGUCAACAGCUUUAAGGGAACCAGCAUGAAGAGGAACACAGCAGCUUCUACCUAUCACUAUGAGAGGGGUUACGCCCCCCGCGGCUCCAUGGCGGUCGGUCCAAACAACACCAGCCGCAGCGAGCCAGAUAUGGCCCGGCAUCUCUCCAUGAUAAAACGCUCUGUUCCCCCGCAGAGAUUCCUGUCCACCAGAAACACCUACAGGUCUACCAAUCAGUUUAUAGCAGGCCCGACAUUGCAGCCUCAGUGUCCGCCGCAGUACAUCAUGAACGGCAAUGUUCAUACCGAAACAAACGGACCCGGCGUGUUCAGCCAAGUUGGCGUAAGCAAACCACUCUCAAAGCCUGAUGUUACUGACAGUGCAGCAAAGGGCACAGGAGACUCUACGGCCUUUGCUGUUCAAACCAUGGAGGAGGCUGUGGAGUGUCUUUCUGUCGAGGAUGAGUCAUAUCAGCACUGUGGCGCUUCCUACAUACAGCACAACACCUUCAUUGAUGACAAGGCCAAAGAGGAGGUGUUGAAGUUCAAAGGGAUCCAGCCCUUAAUUAGUCUGCUGCAAAGCCCCAAUCCACAAGUGAGCCAGACAGCGUCGGCUGCCCUGCGUAACUUGUCCUUUAAAAACAACAGUAACAAGGUGGAGAUACAGCGCUGUGGUGGCAUCACGGAGGCUGUGGCUCUGCUCAAAGAUACAGACUCUGAGGACACACAGAAACAGCUGACAGGUCUUCUGUGGAAUUUGUCCACUGCAGACAGCCUGAAGCCAGACCUGCUGAAGAGCGCUGUGCCUGUCUUAGUGGAGCGUGUGCUUCUGCCUUACACAACAGGUCCUGACCGGACCAGCAAAAACAGCCAAGACCCCGAGGUCUUCUUCAAUGCCACGGGAUGUUUAAGAAACCUCAGCAGUGCACAGCAAAACAACAGACAAGCGAUGAGAAAAAAUCGUGGUUUGAUAGACUCUUUGGUCAGCUAUGUUAAAGACUGUGUGGACGCAGGAAAACCAGAUGAUAAGUCUAUAGAAAACUGUGUGUGCAUCCUGCACAACCUGACGUUCCAGCUGGAGGCCGAGGCACCAGCUCUCUUCAGCAGGAUUACAGCUUUGGCCAAGACUGUCAACAGGAACGACAUCCAGGGUGACACCGGCCCCAUCGGCUGCUUCAGUUCUCAGAGCAAACCAUCAGAGCAUAAGCAACACUUUGACUUUCCAGUCGUUGAGGAUCCACAAGCUACUGGUGCUGGUCACCUGAUCCACUCCAAAACUCUGCAGAAUUACCUGUCUUUGCUUGCCACUAGCCAGCAAGAAGAAACACAGGAAGCCUGUGUUGGAGCCCUGCAGAACCUCACUGCAAAUGAAGGCAUUGUCUCCGGUGUAAUGAGUCAGACCAUUGUGCAGAAAUUGAAUGGCAUGCAAGUUAUCAAAUCUCUUUUAAGAUCAAAGAAAGUGAACGUGCAGAGGAACGCUAUGGCUUUGUUAGUAAAUCUGACCAAGCACCCAAACCUACACAAUGCCUUAGCUCGUAAAGCCCUCCCAGAGCUGCUGGGCAUCCUCAGCGCAGGCACUCAGGAAGGCAACGAGUCUGAUGACACAUUGGCCAUGGCCUGUCAGACCGCCAACCUCCUGCUCAUGAACGGACCUGAGAUGGGCCAACACCUGUUAAACAACAACCUGAUUAACUCACUGAGUAAUCUCAGUAAGAACGAAUAUUUCCCCAAAUCCAGCAAAGCUGCAGCAGUGCUCCUGCACAACUGUACAAAGAUUUGCAAAGCUUCCUGAAAAAGCAAAGGAUGUGCAAGUCGAAACGCAGCAGAUUAAAUGGACGUCUGAGAAUUAUUUACCAGAGACUCAGCUGCACAUCCACAGAGGCUGAGCAGCGUCCUUUCUCAUUUCACCAAGACUUGCAUAUUGUUUUAAAACAUGUUUCCAUGUAAUGUUUCCAUCGACAUAAAGUAGCCCUGAUCAUGCUGUAAGGUUUCCUUUGCAGGAAAAAAGGUGAAGGUUUAGAUUUAACAUGAUGGCAACCAGGGUGUCAUCGUUUGCUUUCAAAUGUCUUUUACACUGACAGUUCACCCCAAUAUCAACAAUACAUAUUGUUCGUCUUACCUGCAGUGCUACUUAUCAAUCUUCAUUGUUUUGGUGUAAGCACAAAGUACAAGGUAGAUUUAUUAGUCAUUUUUUAAACAUAGUUUGGACUGAAUACAGCAGACCACAAGCGGAUCUCCACCCAUGGCAUAUGUAGAGCAGCCAGUCAGACCAGUUUAAAAACUGAACAUAGUUAAAAAAAUUACAUUAAAAUUUGUCCUUGAUC